AUGGAUGCAGAAGGUUUUGGGGAGUUGCUGCAGCAAGCAGAGCAGCUGGCUGCAGAGACUGAAUCAGUGUCAGAACUGCCACAUGUCGAAAGGAACCUCCAGGAGAUCCAGCAGGCGGGUGAGAGGUUACGAUCCCGCACGUUGACACGCACUUCCCAAGAUGCUGCCGACGUUAAAGCGUCGAUCCUCCUUGGCUCCAGAGGUUUAGACAUCUUCCAUAUUUCUCAGAGGUUGGAGAGCCUGAGUGCUGCUACAACCUUUGAGCCGCUGGAGCUGAUCAAAGACACUGACAUACAGGGCUUCUUAAAGAAUGAAAGAGACAAUGCCCUCCUGUCAGCCAUUGAAGAGUCACGCCGCAGGACAUUCCUGUUGGCAGAGGAGUAUCAUCGGGAGUCCAUGCUAGUCCAGUGGGAGCAGGUAAAGCAGAGAGUGUUGCACACUCUGCUUGGAGCAGGAGAAGAUGCACUGGAUUUCAGUCAAGAUGUGGAGCCCAAAUUUGUGAGUGAAGUUACGGUUCAAGGAAGAAGUGCUUUGGACAGUGUGGAGGUGGCCUAUGGACGACAGAUCUAUAUUUUCAAUGAGAAGAUAGUGAAUGGCCACAUUCAACCUAAUUUAGGAGAUUUGUGUGCUUCUGUGGCACAGAAUCUGGAUGACAAGAAUGUAUCAGAAAUGUGGCAGAUGGUAAAGCAGAUGACAGAUGUGCUGCUGGUUCCAGCCAAAGACACCCUGAAGAGUCGCACUUCUGUUGACAUGCAGAUGGCCUUUGUACAGCAGGCACUCACUUUCCUUGAAAACAGUUACAAGAACCACACUAUGGUGACUGUGUUUGGAAAUCUACACCAAGCUCAGCUUGGUGGCAUCCCAGGAACAUACCAGCUAGUCCGCAGCUUCCUCAACAUUAAACUACCGGGACCCUUGCCUGGCAUGCAGGAUGGUGAGGUAGAGGGCCACCCAGUGUGGGCUGUGAUUUACUACUGCCUGCGCUGUGGAGACAUGCAUGCAGUCAUGCAGGUGGUGAACAGAGUGCAGCACCAGCUGGGAGACUUCAAGAGCUGGUUUCACGAGUACAUGAACAGUCCUGACAGACGCCUUUCUCCAGCUUCAGAGAACAAGCUUCGCCUCCACUACCGCAGAGUGCUGAGGAACAGCACUGACCCCUACAAGAGAGCGGUCUACUGCCUGAUAGGGAAAUGUGACGUUAGUGAUAACCACGGGGAGGUGGCAGACAAGACUGAAGACUACCUCUGGCUUAAGUUGAACCAGGUGUGUUUUCAUGAUGACGGCAGCAGCUCUCCACAGGACAGAAUGACCCUGUCCCAACUACAGAAACAGCUGCUGGAGGAUUAUGGGGAGUCCCAUUUCUUAGCAAGCCAGCAUCCCUUCCUGUAUUUCCAGGUGUUGUUCCUGACGGCUCAGUUUGAGGCGGCUGUCGCCUUCUUGUUUCGUGUCGAGCAACUGAGGAGUCAUGCUGUGCAUGUGGCGCUAGUUCUGUAUGAGCUCCGGUUGUUGCUGAAGUCAUCUGGCCAAAGUGCUCAGCUGUUAAGUCAAGAAGCCGGUGACCCUCCCAUGGUACGUCGCCUGAAUUUUAUCCGUCUGCUUAUGCUCUACACUCGCAAGUUUGAGUCCACUGACCCACGGGAAGCUCUGCAGUACUUUUAUUUCUUACGCAAAGAGAAGGACAGCCAGGGAGAGAACAUGUUCAUGCGCUGUGUCAGUGAACUUGUUAUUGAGAGCCGAGAGUUUGAUAUGCUGUUGGGAAGAUUGGAGAAGGAUGGAAGCAGGAAGCCUGGAGUCAUAGAUAAGUUUGCUGGGGACACCAGGGCUAUCAUCUGUAAGGUGGCUCAAGAAGCUGAGAACAAGGGCUUGUUUGAAGAAGCAGUCAAACUGUAUGAGCUGGCAAAGAACCCAGAUAAGGUGUUGGAGUUGAUGAACAGGUUGUUAAGUCCAGUUAUUGCCCAGAUCAGUGCUCCUCAGUCUAACAAGGAGAGGCUAAAAAACACUGCAGUGGCCAUUGCUGAAAGGUAUCGCUCUCAGGGUAUAGCAGGAGAGAAGUCUGUCGAUAGUACGUUCUACCUGCUGAUAGACCUGAUGACGUUCUUUGAUGAGUACCAUGCAGGUCACAUUGAUAGAGCGUAUGAUGUGAUGGAACAUUUAAAGCUUCUUCCACUCAGUCAGGACAGUGUAGAGGAGAGAGUAGCUGCCUUCAGGAACUUCAGUGAUGAGGUGCGUCACAAUCUGUCUGAAGUACUUUUGGCCACAAUGAACAUACUGUUUACACAAUACAAGCACCUGAAGGGUUCGCCUACAGGCACACCUGGACGCCCCCAGACGACCAUAGAAGACAAAGACACGCAACUGCGCAGCCAGGCCCGAGCGCUGAUCACCUUUGCUGGAAUGAUUCCAUACAACAUGGCCGGAGACACAAACGCCAGACUGGUGCAGAUGGAAUUAAUGAUGAACUGAGGAACUGAUUCUCUCUCCCUCUUUCUUUCUUUCUGUUCAUCACAACCUGAAACAAAUCUUUUCACCUUCUCAGUCCCUUCUUGGCUAUUGGGUAGGAAACUGGAUCCAUCCCCCUGUGUGUGAGCACGUGCCUCCUUAUAUUUCAUGUCAGAAAUUGUAUUCAUUGUCAGUUUGCUUUAUUUUGCUCCCUUUCUCAUUUUGUUGUUUCAUAUUUGUAACUUUCAUAAUUUGGAAUAAAAAGUACAUUU